AUGCAGCUGCCUGACGACCUGAGAAACAAAGGACCACUUGGUCUCAUCCUACGCCUUGAGCGCUGUGGCGGAAUGCUAUUGGAUGCCUCUGUGAUGACCAGAGCCUGGCGAGUUCUCAUCUACAACAUCUCGAAGGCCCUCACGGUAUCUUGCAUCAUAAUAGUGUCUAUGGGAUUCGCAGUGGAGUCCUACCUCACUCGAGACAAUCUGGAGGAAUUUGCAGAAAGCUUCGGUCUCUUCAUGACACAGAUGAAAAACUCGAUAAAACUCAUCUCUCUCUUCGUGCACAGAAAGAAAGUACUGAAGAUGAUUAAAGACGUUGAAGAGAACUUCUUUAUCCACAACAAGGAUCUCUUAGCCGAGGAACGUUCUCUGAUCAAUGGUUAUCUGAGUCGUGCCAAGAUAUAUGCUUUCAUGUUUUGGAUCCAGUGGGGAGUGUGUAUAGUGUUCCAGAUAACUUCCAAGAGGGUAUCAGACAACGCUGUGAGAGAGAUGCCGAUGAAGAUGUGGGUCCCUUUCGACACAAAACACACCCCUUACUACGAGCUGGGCUACGUGUACAACACGCUAUUUUGUGUUGUUAUCUCUUGGAAUGUAGCACUUACAGACACGCUGUUCUUCGCCAUAAUCGUCUACACGACUGCACAGUUUGAGCUUCUCGGGAUGUCUCUCAGGACCCUGAAUCAAGAACACGAAGGAAAUCAAGAACUGGCGGCUACUUCGUUGGUGAGCAGAGAAAAAAGCACAACUAGGGCAGAUCCCGUGCAGGUGGAUCGACAAGAUGACGACCAGUAUCUGGCCCGCUGUGUGCAGUAUCAUCACCGACUCUUCGACAACGUAGAGCUCCUGAACUCGGUGCUGAGCCCCAUUGAGUGCUCAGAAAUUCUCACUGCUUCAGUGCUAUUAGCCUUCGCUGGAUUCCAGAUCACGGUUGUAGCCGACCCCGUUCACUUGCCUCGGCAGAUCUCUUUCCUGGCUUUGGUUGUGUUGGAACUGGGCCUGCACUCCUGGUUUGCCGACAGCCUCACUGCCCAGAGUGAGGCUGUGUGCCAGGCUGCAUACUCCAGCCCCUGGUUCCAGCACUCGAUUGGCGUUCAGCGGACCGUCGCUUUCGUCAUGAUGCGGGCACAGCGUCCCGUCAGAAUCAAAGCGGGGCCCUUCGCCAACCUUUCACUGGAACUUUUCGGCGCGAUCAUGCGGACAUCAUAUUCAUACCUGACGCUGUUGAGACAGGUUUACGACGAGGAUUAAGUGGAGUCCUCAGGCUGAGAUGGCAUCCUCAAAAUUAGAAAAGCGAUUUAAUUUGACAAGUGGCUGUAAUUUGUCAAUUAGUAGAUAGCUUUCAAUCAAUUAUUCUCCGUUAUUCUGACACGUAUUUUAGAUACAGCCUGUAGUCGUAGACUAUGUGUGAUUUUACGUUUUCAAGACCAUAGAAUUAUUCAGUAAAUGGGGCAUUUUUUAUGUAUGAAGCAAUACAAAGCUAAAUUUUAUCUAAAACUGAAGCUACCCCUUUUGUGCACUGGACAACUAAGUUUUGGUACAAAAAAAUCUUACGUAAAUAAGGUAAUAGCAUAAUUCUGACACAGUAAAUUCUGAUGAAAACGGAAUGUCAAGAGAUCUGAAUAACGUUUCCAUGUAGCACUGAGCUUUUGUAUACAAACACUUCACAGUGCAUUUAUGAUCGAAACUGUAAUACUAUUGGGUCAAUAUCUUACUGCACUUCGGAUCACUAUUUUGCCAUAACUGACUGCCCUUGAAAUUUUGAUAGAUUCUUAACUAUCAAAGAAAUUCCCCACAUUUUAUGGAACAUCAAGACCUAUUAUUAUGUUUACAGUAAGCUCUCAAUAGACCUUAACUUCAGACACACGAAUAAAAUUUUUCGAAAUUUUAAGUAAAAUCAGCGUGAAGGGAUGUCUCAGUGAUAGAAUACAGGUGUUGCUGUUGGUUUGUCAUAAGUAGUUACCUGGUGUAAAAGUGUAAGAUUUUAUUCCAGCAAGAGGAAUGUACAUA